UGGUCGAUUCAAGGCUAUCCCAUCUAUCCCCCGUGUAUCAUUAGACAACCCUGCGGUUGUCAUGCUUAUGUUUGACUUUGGCUCCUACACGCACUACAGAACCGAAACCCAAAGAAGACCAUGAAUCCCCCAAGCACGGCAAAUGCGCCGUAGCAUCCCUUACCCGAUUGCCCAUUGCUUAUCACUUCUCUCAGGCUCACGAGUCAUGUCAUCUCGCUGUCUCAAGGGAACAAACGACCAUGACUCGCGUGCCACUGUUUUCUUUUCUUUUCUUUUCUUUCUCUUCUUCAAUUCACAUGCUUUCUAUCCCACACACCCCCCAUUCUGUUCUUCCCCUCCCCCUUUGUCCCUUCUUUCAUUAUUAACCUAUAGAUAUUACUGCUGAUUCGGUCCCCCUCACCAAGUGCUGGAGGGCUG